AUCAACCUCCCGCCGAGUCACGUGUCACCCAAAGAUGGCUGCGCCCGGGCCGGAUGCGCCAAGGUUGCCUUGAGCCCUGGCGUGGCUGAGGAAGACCAGGGGCGGGAACGGCUGCUGAAAGACGGGGAGCAGAAGAGAAAAGUUUGCUGACCCCUGCUCUAAGGUAUGCCCGGAAGUGAAAUUGGUGGGUCAUCAGGCUCCAAGAUGGAAAAUCAUGAACCAGAUGAUACUAUCAAGGAAAAUUUAACUCUUGAUAUUAUAACCAGAAAAAUUAACCAACUUCCGGAAGCAGAAAAGAAUCUGCUUGAACAUGGAUCAGCAUAUAUUGGACUUAAUGCUGCUCUCUGUGGCCUCAUAGCCAACAGUCUUUUUCGACGCGUCUUAAAUGUGACACAGGCUCGGGUAGCUGCCAGUUUACCAAUGGCAGUGAUUCCGUUUUUGACAGCACAAGUAUCUUUUACAGGUUUUAUAAGUUUACCUUUGAGUAGAGGUAAUUUGAGCUGUGAAACUUGUACUGUAACAAGGAGUGGGCUGGUUGGUCUUGUUUUUGGUGGUCUUUAUCCGUUUAUCUUGGCUAUACCUGUGAAUGGUGGCCUAGCAGCCAGAUAUGAGUCAGCCCUGCUACCAGAGAAAGGAAACAUCUUAACCUACUGGAUCAGAAUUUCUAAGCCUAUCUUUAGAAAGAUGCUAUUUCCCAUUUUGCUCCAGACUGCGUUUGCAGCAUACCUUGGGUCUAGACAAUAUAAACUACUCAUAAAAGCCCUUCAGUUACCUGAACCUGACCUAGAAACUCUGAUUUAAAACAAGUAUGUACACAAAAAUAAAAUGGUAAAAAUAA